ACCUGCCCGUCGACUCACUCAGACACACUAUCAUUUAUUAUAUUCCAAACAAAUAUGAAACUGUUGGUAGUUGCCGCGGUGCUCGGGGUGUGCUCGGCGGCACGCCUGGACAACGCCUACCUGCCGCCCAGAGGAGGGGCGGGCGCGGGCUACGGCGGCGGCGCCGGCGUCGGCGGCUUCAACGGACCCAACUUCGGUAGAGGAGGCGCGGGAAACUCGGCCUUCGGAAGCUCGGGGAGCUCCGGCUUCGGCGGUGGCGCCGGGUUCGGGGGAGCGGCCGCCGGGGGCGGCGCCGGGGCAGGCGCGGGCGCCUACCAAGGAAACUUCGGGGGCAGGAGUAACCCCGCCGACGCCAACGCGCAGAUCCUGCGGUACAACAACGAGGUGACGGCGGAGGGCUUCGCCUACGACUUCGAGACGUCCAACGGCAUCCGCGCCGACGCGUCGGGCGUCGCCACCAACGGCGUGCAGGCGCAAGGCUCGUUCUCGUACAAGGGCGACGACGGGCAGGACUACAGCAUCACGUACACGGCCGACGAGAACGGCUACCAGCCGCGCGGCGCGCACCUGCCCACGCCGCCGCCCAUCCCCGACGAGAUUCUCAAGUCGCUGGAGCAGAACGCGCGCGACGAGGCCGCCGGCAUCGUCGACGACGGCUCUUACCGCGGUGAGGGAGCCGCCGGCGCUGGUUCCGGUUCUGGAUACUCUGGCGCCGGUUCUGGUUCCGGAUACUCCGGCGCCGGCUCCGGAUCCGGUUACUCCGGUGCCCGCGGUUUCGGCGGCUCUACCGGCUCUGCUUUCGGUGGUUCGUCCGGCGGAUCAGCCUUCGGCGGUUCAACCGGUUUUGGAUCAUCCUCCUCGUUCGGCAACGCCGCGUCACGACAGUACCUGGCGCCCAACGCUGGCCGAGGAUCAGGGAACGGCAACUUCAACUCGCAAACCGGUUACCGAUACUAAAUGGAUCAUUGAUUGAACGAUGUUGAACCACUUGUUGAUGCGAUACUUGUCUGGAGCGGUGACGCACUGAUACCACCGAGCGAUGGUGAUCGUUUUGCGCACUGAAACUAAAGCUUAAGCAUUAAAUAUUAUUAUUUUGUUUUCUAUUCAAUUAACCAAGUUAGUCUUUUAUCUGAUCGUAAUAUUUUUUUUUAUUGUAUGUAUUUUGUUAUGUUUUCCAUUUCAUUUCUGCUCUUGCUAUAUUAGCCUCUUUGCUUUAGUUUUAAUUCCUUUUAAACGACACCAUUGCAUCACCAAUCUGGAAAUAUAUUAAUUUUUACGACAAACUGUCAGUUCCACAGGAAUGAUUGCAGAAUGAAGGUAGAUAAAGAAAUAUAUUCAGGUCGAACUAAUAGUUUGAAGCGUUCUCUAAGUUUAAAGAGAAAAGUGGCAACAUCUAUCAAUUUGUUCUUUGUUAUUUUAUUUAUAGCGAAAACGACUUAAAGCUGUGAAACGUUUAUGUGAUGCUUUGUAUAAAUGCUAGGCAGUAGGAACUUGGCUCUCCGCUGCCGUGCGCUCACUUUAAUACUCAAUUUGUCUGUUUACGUGUCCCCUCUUGCCUGUCAUUUCAUUAAUGAUCUCAUUAACAUUCGCUAAUUGCAUAUUUGUAAGUACCAACCAAUGUUUUGUUCCAACGGAAGGGCGUUAUGGGUAAAAUAACAUCUGUCAUGGCGGUAAAUCUAUUCGGAGCCUUACAACAUGGAAGAUAUUGUAGUGCACAAGUGUUUCCCAUCACAGGUGCACUGUAAAGAAUCUCCUUUAUUGUAUCCUCUCAUAGUUUGAUGGAUCAGUGGAUCAGGAUUCAAAAUGAAUCAAAGUGGAGUGAUUAAACAGUUAAAUUAUGAAGAGGUUGCUGAUGUGAUGAAAUAUUUGCUAUUUCCACAGCUGGUAAAAAUAUAAUGCGCUACUUUUUCGAUCGUUUUGUUGAGUUCGUUGUCUGUUCGACAAAUUCCAAAAGUUUUGGUACAAAUGGUCGACAUUUUAGCUUUAUGUUUGAGAAGUACGGGACAAGUUUUCGGUCUGCCUCAAAUAUUUACAAAAAUACCACCAAAAUGUCGACCAGCUUUUCAAUUAUCGAUAUAUUCGGUACUUACAGUUACGCCGUUAGCUUUCCCAUCUAAAGAUUUCCCUCGUUAAUACUUGUUAGUUGGUAAGGUUUAGUUUUUCUGUAAAUGGACAGUACUAGAGAGUAAGAAUUUAUGAAAAAUGUAUGAAAAAAAAUGCGAGCAAACAUGUACCUAGUUGUAGAGACGUGUAAAUAUAUGGUGUAACGAAUAAAUAUUAUACUUAAAGCAAUA